ACGGGCCGCCUUAGUGACGAUCAUGGUUUCUCUUUCCAUCCGGGCACGGUUUCUGCUGGAUUAGCUGGCUGCGAAGCGAGCGCCGACCUAGCGGCGCCAAGCGGUGACUCAAACCUUUCCUGGCGGGCUUGGGCAUGCCGUGUCUGGCUGGCUCAGCUAGGGCAGUGGCGUGGCGUGACUGGUGAUCUAGCUAGUUGUCUUUCAGAAGAGUUUGCAACCCCACGUGCUCUUUACGAGGCUUGCCAACAUGAGGUGCAGAAGGAGGGUCUUUCGAAAGGUAAUUUGGAUAGAGAUUGA